AUAUUAUAGAUCUGUUACGGAUAUCUGUUUCGUGAUUAUAAUGGACGUGAUUGCAAUAACAAUUUUCUUUGGUCUUCUUUUGGUUGGCUCAUCACGAGGAAGUAGCCGAAGUAUUGAAUGUGCAGAGUUUGAUGGGGAUAUUAUUCCGAUAUUUAGUAAGGACCAAGAAGAGAAAUCUUUACUGAAUGGAGAAUCUGAUUACGAGGCGCCUGUAAUUAUGGAUGCAAUAAACGACAUUGCUGCAAAAGUGGAUCUGGUGAAUUCAAGAGUAGACCGACUCCUUGACCAAUGCAGGGCUCCGAUUAGAGAGGAGGAAGAUCCCAGUUUACAUGUCGCUUCAUCAGGCGAUUGCGAAAUCGAAGAUUUUGGCCUUUGCUUUUGGCUUGAAGCAUUAAUUCCCGAAACGUUACAAUGCUGAAUGCAUGGGAGUUAUGUGGUAAGAGACCUGGUGGGCGCCCGGCAAGCAUUUACAGUGCGGGACACUACAUAAAAAUACUGCAACUUAUGAGGUCCAAGAUCUUGCGACCGAAGUUUUACAUUUAUAUCUGGCUUGGCAUGAAGAUCAAUCAAUGGAGCAAAGUUGUGACUACAUUGGAAGGAACAAAUGCUCCUUUUGUAAGAUGGUACGCACCUAUGUAUCCCAUCAGGAAUUCAAGAUAUACACAGAUUUAUCUCUACGCUGAUAUUACAAGAAAAAAUGGAUUCAUGAACUUUGACCCCGUGAAAGCUACCAACGGAAUUAUGUGCGAGACCAUGAUUUAGUUUGCUUUCUCAUUAUUGCCACGCCAAUGUUUGAUAUAAAGCAGACUUUUGUUUGAUUGUAGUGACAAAAGGGGGCUCUCGAAGUAUGCGAACCAAGAUGGCGGACAUCGGAAUGUAAUAUGUGUACUAGGUUAGGGUUAGGCCAUAAUUUUAGGUAU